AUGUCCAAGACUACACUCGCUACUAUGGCCUGCCUGGGCGCAGGCGGUGGUGCCGCCAUCACCGCUACUCUCUUUGCCCUCCGAGGUGGUAAGCGCGUCGAGGAGACCAACACUCUAGCUACACCUCCUCCAUCGACAUCAAACUCAUUCGCUGCCCUUUCAGCUCCUACCGCCUCGCCCUCCAUUCCUCCCGCCCAGGUCUUUGGCCCACCCGCCUCUGCCCCGCCUCCCAACUUUCCCGUCGACAUCAACGCUAUCGUCAACCCCGCCGGUCUCUUCGAAUAUGGCUUCCCUGGUCCUGUCGCCGAUGUCGCCAACCGCUCUGGCCUUGUCUCCGCCUACGACCGCCGUCUGCGAAACCCCCACUGGGUCGUCGAACAUAUCACACGUGAAUCUCUUGCUAUCCGCGAGGGUGACCGAAAGCACAGCCAUUUCGUCGAAGAUGAGUCUGUGCCCGCAAAGUUCCGCGCUGGCUUGAAGGACUAUUAUCGCAGUGGCUUUGACCGUGGUCAUCAGGUUCCUGCUGCUGACUGCAAAUGGUCCCAGAAGGCUAUGGACGAUACCUUUUACCUUUCAAACAUGUGCCCUCAGGUUGGCGAUGGCUUUAACCGUGACUACUGGGCGCACUUUGAGGAUUUCUGCCGUCGCUUGACUGUCAGGUACCCUUCCGUUCGCAUCGUCACAGGCCCUCUUUACCUGCCCAAGAAGGAAGCCGAUGGCAAGUGGUAUGUCAAGUAUGAGAUGAUCGGAAACCCUCCUUCUGUCGCUGUGCCCACACACUUCUACAAGGUGAUUUUCGCCGAGGAUGGUCGUGCUGGUGGAAAUGUUGCCCUGGGCGCUUUCGUCCUUCCUAACGCACCUAUCCCCAACUCCAAGCCUAUUACCGACUUCGAGGUUCCUCUCGAGGCUGUCGAGCGUGCUAGUGGACUCGAGUUCGCCGACAAGCUUCCUCCUCAGCGAAGACGCCGUUUAUGUGCUGACCACACAUGUGCUCUGGUGAUCAAGGAGUACGCGGAUAAGCAAAAGGCCUUCCCUAAGAAGUAA